CCCGGGUCUCUGCCCCGGGUCUCCGCGGCGCAUUCUUCGCGGAAGCCGCUCCAGCACCUUUGACCGGGACGUGAGAGCUGCACCUCCGGCUCGGGCAGCAUGGCUGAGAAGCGGCAUACAGGGGACGCCGAAGCCCGGCGGCUCCCGGACUCCUUCAGGGAUAGCCCCAGUACAGGCCUUGGGCCUUGUGGCUGGGUUUUGGUGGCUGUCUCGUUCUUGUUCACGGUUAUAACUUUCCCCAUAUCGAUAUGGAUGUGCAUAAAGAUCAUAAAAGAAUAUGAAAGAGCCAUCAUCUUUAGAUUGGGUCGCAUUUUACAAGGAGGAGCAAAAGGACCUGGUUUGUUUUUUAUUCUGCCCUGCACUGACAGCUUCAUCAAGGUGGACAUGAGAACCAUUUCAUUUGACAUUCCUCCUCAGGAGAUCCUCACCAAGGAUUCGGUGACCAUCAGUGUGGAUGGCGUGGUCUAUUACCGCGUUCAGAAUGCUACCCUGGCCGUGGCGAAUAUCACCAACGCCGACUCGGCAACCCGUCUUUUGGCACAAACGACUCUGAGGAACGUCCUGGGCACCAAGAACCUUUCCCAGAUCCUCUCCGACAGAGAAGAGAUUGCACACAACAUGCAGUGUACCCUGGAUGAUGCCACCGAUGACUGGGGAAUAAAGGUGGAGCGCGUGGAAAUUAAGGACGUGAAGCUGCCUGUGCAGCUGCAGAGAGCUAUGGCUGCAGAGGCAGAAGCAUCCCGGGAGGCCCGUGCCAAGGUCAUUGCAGCCGAGGGAGAAAUGAACGCAUCCAGGGCUCUGAAAGAAGCCUCUAUGGUCAUCACCGAAUCCCCGGCAGCCCUUCAGCUGCGGUACCUCCAGACGCUGACCACCAUCGCAGCUGAGAAAAACUCCACGAUCGUCUUCCCCCUGCCCAUAGACAUGUUGCAAGGCAUCGUGGGGGCAAAACAGUGAGCCGCAGAGGCCAACGCAGAGAUGCGCCCAUCCCUUCCAGGGUAGAGCGGGGACCAAAUCAGCCCUCAUCCUGUAAGGAGAGAGGAGGGUGGGACCUCGACUAAAUAUUCCUUCCUCUCCUUUUCCAUAUGUUGACUGCAAGGUUCUUAGAAUGUGUAGUGGUCCUAGCAACAGAUAAAGAUUGUUAGCUUGUAAAUACUGAGAAAGAGAAGGGGUGUGGGGAGGGGACUACUGAUUUAUAGAAGAUAAUUUCUUACUCUUUAAAAUAUUUAAAAGUUCAUAUAUUUAGAUCAUUAUGUAAUAGGUUAAAUCCCCCUUCUUUUGACUUUUCACUGGGUCGUUCUGCACCCUCUAUCUGCAGCCAGGCCAAAGGCAAGAAAAUAGGUUAUAACCGCCACUUGACACCCUGGCUGGACAAAUGCUUCGCAGAAAGCAGAGACCUUAGGCUACGACCAGCCUCUCUGGGCCACACGUGCCUUACUCCUGGGGAAUCUUAAGGAAACAUUCUUGCCAUCUGUUUACUUUCUAAUCCCAGGCCAUGUUUCAAAAUAAUCCUCUCUCGGGAGGAGGCAUUUUCUUGCCUGUACUGGCCAACACUGGAGGAAAUGGUCAAGGUCAGUGAGAAAGAUGAUCUUAACCCUUGAAUGACUUGUAAAUCCACCGUCACAAAAAUCCUUUAAGAAUAAUAUG